AUUUCACAUGAAUUUGGAUAGAAGGUGUUUGAAUAUCUACCUGCAUGGGCUCUAUGGAUUCCUUGAUUCCUCAGAUGAAGGCAAUGUGCGCACUCAACAGAACAAUGUCAUAUGUGAAUGCAAGCAACAAUCACACAAAAACCUCCCUCAUCAGCAACGUAACAAGACCUUCAAAUAAUCUUGAUAAUACAUUCUCAACAGAUCCUGUAGUAGAUGGUGUCAAAUUUAAUGGGAUGUUCUACAUUUUAAUCGGUAUUUCUGGGUUUACUGUUACCAUUGUCCUUUUACUGGCCAUUCUGUGGACAAUGAAGUAUCGCACUUUGAUUCACACCAUUCGAGAGCUGCAGGGUGUUGAGGGUCUAUUGGGCAGAGCUCCUCCAUCCAACCCCCCAGCUAUAAGUCCCCUAACCUUGAGGAAGUGUCUAGUGCGUGAGACUAGAAGCCCACUAGAGCUUGUCUCUGUCACUCUGGGACAGGAGUAUCAGAACACCAGCUCGCCCACUCCCCUGCUCAGGCAGACAACCAAGUCAGCUUCUAGGUCUCUCUGGAGACCACAGCAAACGGGUUCCUCAUUCAACACAUCAGGGCUGGGCAUACAGCAACUAAUCAAAGCAGGGAGGGAAGGGGUGUACUACAAGGCUAAGAUGACACGUGGCACCUGCAAGGGCCACUCCAUUGUCACCUGCAAGAUGACCAAAGAGGGGGUUACCCACAGGAGGGUAGCCAGAGAGGUGAACAUCAUGAGGAAGCUGGGUACCCACAAGAAUGUGCUGCAGCUGCUAGACUGGAACAUCACACAGGCUCCUUACAUGCUGAUCCUGGAGUCGGUGAGCAGUGGGACCCUGCGCAGUUUCCUGCAAGUGAAUCAACAUCAACUGAGCAGGGACAGUGAACUGCAAAAGCACUUCACCACAGCAGCAUAUCACAUUGCCCAUGCAAUGAGACACCUGCGCUCUAAAAUGGUGGUGCACUGUGACCUAGCCCUGAGGAACAUCAUGGUGAACCAUUUCCCCAGAGAGGUGAAGCUGGCAGAGUUUGGACUGGCCCAAGACCUGACUCUUAUGAGGAGCCGUCGCAGCAGCCACAAAGGAGACCACAUGCAAAAUGUGCCCCUGCGUUGGUAUCCCCCAGAGUACUUCAGAAACAACUACUACAGCUUCAAAGGGGAUGUCUGGGCAUUUGGCAUUGUGCUGUGGGAGAUGCAAACAUUUGGGACCUUACCAUAUCCCAACCUGGAGACUUCAGAGUUGGUGGUGCGCUACAUCUGCUCUGGACACAAGAAUUCAGAACCAGAGACAUGUAGGCCAGAGAUACUGCAGAUGAUGAGKGACUGCUGGCUGGAGCCCUACACCCAAAGGCCCUCCUUCAACGACAUAGUCAGUGUCCUGGAGAACAUCCUGGAGGAUGAUGCAGAUUACAUCAAAGUGAACAACGGACUAGCCAAUGUUGGAUAUGGUGACCAAGAUCAAAUCUGCCUUACUCUCCUUCAUGACGACUGAAUAUGUGCAGAGAGGAAGAGUUGGUGUCAUGCAGGGCUACGGGCCAGAAGGUUGAGGAUUUGCUGACAACCACAGAAGAGCUCACUCUCCCUGCCUGUUUCGUUACUUCAAGAUCAAAGCCGGUUGCAGACAAUGAUCAGCUAGGGGGAAUCAGAUUUUCAACAUUUUGAUGCCAUAUUUUUUAUAAUAUAAAAUAUAUGCAACAAAUUUUCCACCAACAGGUUUAUGUGCCAAUGCACCACACAACCAAUAAACAAAACAUACCGACUUCUGGUCUUCAAUAUCACGGUUUUCAUUUUCAACACAACAAUAAAUAUACCGUCUCGACAAACAGAAAACACAUCCCUCCCUACCUUAGGCUUACCAAGUAUCAAAGGUUUGGCUUGACAAUCUCUGAAUGUCAUUAAACUUUUUGGUCUCUUUCUGUUUAUCAAAUUGCAGCUGGACAGUUUGGAUUGAUUUAUUUGUCAGUAAAAAAAAUACAUAUACAGUAUAAACAAAUAAUUGUAAAAGUGACUGGGAUUGCACAAUAAAGUCAGGGACUAAUUUCCAUUGUGGUCCCUACAUUUGCUGCAGCAUAUGCUAGUAAUAUAUGGACUAAAUGCGUGUCUAAUUUACACAUCUCCAUCUGGCUUUCGGGGGUCAACCUAUUUUUUUAUUGUAAACAUGAUGUUUUAUUUAUUUGAGCUGUAUAGUUUUUUCAUAUCAGUUGAAUAUUGUUGCUAAAAAUCCCAUUUGGGGAAAUAUUAAUGGUGGAAAAACGAUUGGAAACUUCGGUUUUAUGGGUAUUGUAKCGACCCGCACAGACAGUCAGUGUGUUAUGUGGUAGGGUAGUAGAGGGUUGUGUUGUACUGACCAGUACCCAGUGUUCGCGGGGUCCGACAUGCCAAUCAACCUGCUAUCUGCCAA